AUGGAUGGGCCGACUUCACCAGCAGUUGAAGGAGGCGCUUCAGCAGGGGACAUUCAGCAGCCUGUGAAACAGGAUGCAGAUCUGGUUUACCAGGGGGAGCAGGAAGUGGAGAAAUAUCUGGAGUCAGCUCUGCAACGCCUGCCUUUGCGCAAUCCGAUGUCUAUUGCGUCACUGCUUAAUCCAGUUGAUGAAGAGCCGACGGUGCAUGCGGAGUUAAGCGACGCCGAGAAUUCAAGCUCGUCCAGGAUGCUGAGGAGAAGGAGGAAGGAGAAGCUGAGGAGGAGGUGGUGA